ACGAAGAUUAUCGGCCGUUAACACACUUGCCUGCCGCUCCUUCCAUCGACUACCCCACCAUGCACAGUGCUACCAACGGUCGCAGGGGUGGCAACCGCCACGGGCCUCAGAAUCUUCGUAGGGGUCGUGGGGCGGCCCAGGCUACUCGCGUCCCUGUGGUCGCUGCUUCUCCUGCCGCCCCUUCGUCUACUGCCCUUCCACUUAGGUCCGUUACUUCUCGGAGCGUAACUGGGGGGGGGGGCGACAAGGAGGCGACAAAGGGAGCCGACUGCAGCUGACUCGGCCGCCAACAAGCGGCAAGCUGUGGAAGACCCUGGUACCUCUGCUGCUAAUGAGGUAGUCCAGGUCGAAGAUCUGGAUCCGACGGCCCCAGGGGAUACUGACGGGCUUGUUACUGGCGCAAAUGACCCGGCACCUGUCAGCGGCACUUCCUGGUUGUCGGGCUCUGCUUCUUCCAUCAGGGAGAAGAUAAGAGAACUGAUUACUAGGCCUAGCUUUCUUACUAGCUUAUCUCCUGGUAUCUUCUAUCGGUACCGGGAGUGGAUAGAAAAGAAAGAAGUGCCUCUGACUGAUUCUGUGGCGGCCGCAUUUGCGCCUUCACCUGUCACGGCUGGCAAGGUUUACCAGCCUGCUUGGGAUGUCCGCGAGGACGAGUCUCUUUACUCCGACAUCCCAGAGAAUGGCGGCAUUCUGGCCUACAGGAUCUUGAAGGGUAUGCAGUUACCCUUGGAUAGGCCGUCAGGGUCUCUGAUCACCCCUGCUGCCCGCCUAGCCCAUGACCAACUGAUUGCUAACAAUGCUGCCCUUGAGCUCAUAGAGCAAUAUCUGGAGUAUCAGAGGCUGACUGACUCCUACAAAGCGUCCUUAGAGACUUGCCAAGGUCUUCUUCGGGAUGCGGAAGAGAAGUUGGCGCCUCUGGAGGAUGAGGUGGUGACUUUAAGGGAUAGGGCGGCCCUUUUGGAAGAAACGGAGGAGAACGUCAAAGCUCUGACCAAGGCGGUAGAGGCCGCUAAUAAUGAGAAAGAGAUAGCUGUUCUGGACGCCUCUGCCGCUGAGGCUCGGGGAGCCGCCAACGCUGUUGCCGAGUUCAAGGCGUCCGAUGAGUAUGUGGCGGAACUGCAUAAGAGAUAUGACGGUGGCUGGGCCGCUGCUAUGAGGUGCGUCUGCAAAACCGUUCCAGGCUUUGACUGGAACGUUAUUGAGGACGCUCAUGCGGCGGGUCAACAUCUGUCACCUUUUGAGGGGGAUCCUAACUUUGCGGAUGAGGACGCCAUCGCAGACGUGGAUCCUCGGGAGCCCACGACGCCAGGACCUCAUGCCCCUUGAAGCUUUUGGCGGCCAUCUACCAGCUCUUCCUGCUCUUCAAACAGUCUUUAGUUUUUGUUUUUUGCACCCGAGUUUGUAAUAUCUCUUUUGAACUAUUGAUGUUGUAACUCGCCCUUUGGUGGCGCCUUGAACUAUUACUUUGUUUUAUUUCUCUAAGUACUUUUUGCUAUGACUAAAAGCCUUUUUUCA